AUGCCGCCAGCCCCGGGUCUCCAAUUCCUGCGCCCGUACACUUGGAAGCCCGCUGGUCCGCCGAACCCGGCCUACCUGCGCUUCUACCAUGCCUUCAAGUACCCCCGCUUGAGCGGGCCGCCGCCCCUGCGCAUCCCAGAGUUUCUCGAGAAGUAUGCUGGGAUCGAAAAGGGUGCUGUGGCGGAGGAGGAGAUUGUCCUGCACGGCCGCGUCGGCUCACAGCGCCGUGUCGGUUCGAAGCUACUGUUUCUCGACAUGACCGCCGAGUUCCAGCGUGUGCAGGGCAUGUGCAACCUUGCAAAGCUAGCCGAUGGGACCACGCCCGACCGCUUGACGUGGCUUGCUAAAGAACUUAAGAGGAAUGACACAAUAUCUAUUACCGGGAGGGCUACACGGACAAAAUCUGGCGAGCUUACCAUUCAAGCGACUCGUCUCCCCGAGCUGUUGACCCCUUGUGCUGUCCCGUUGCCCGAAACGCUGAUCGAUGAGGAGACCCGUAUCCAGAAUCGACACGUUGAUAUGCUGGUUAACUGCCGGACAACAGACACCUUGCGUCUGCGAUCCCACCUCAUCAGGUACAUGCGCGAUUUCUUCCAUGGGCGAGAUUUCCUCGAGGUUCAAACGCCCAUCCUAGCAGGAGACGCCAAUGGGGCCACCGCUCGCCCAUUCACGGUCUCUAGCAACGCUGUUUCUCACCGGGAUAUCUCCUUACGGAUCGCCCCGGAGCUUUGGCUCAAGCGUCUCGUGAUCGGGGGGGUCGACCGUGUCUUCGAACUCGGCCCAGCGUUCCGGAACGAAGGGAUCGACCGAACGCAUAAUCCCGAGUUCACCAUCUGCGAGUUCUACCAGGCGUAUUCUAACCUCCCGGGCCUCAUAUCCCUCACCGAAGAUCUUAUACGCGGUGUGGCUGCACACUGCCAGUCCCUUAUCACUACCAAACUCCAAUCACUUCCGCCCAUAGACCUCGCGACCUUUGAGCAGCCCUUCCAACAGGCCGAGUUCAUCCCCACUCUCGAGGCCACCCUCGGCUUCACCUUUCCCGACCUCACGUCCCCCACUGCUCUCGCCGACCUCAUAUCUCUCCUCAAACAGCACGACAAGCACAACAACCUCACCUUAACACAACAACAGACCAUAUCAGCAGACCAAGAUCCCAAUAGCCCACCACCACCACCGCCAGAACCAUCCCUCGCCCAACUUCUCGAUGAGCUCGCAGAAGCGCACAUCGAGCCCCUAUCUGCCGAGGCCCCUCUCUUCAUUACCCACCACCCAGUGUGCAUGAGCCCGCUAGCCAAAUCCUUCACCUGCCCGCGCACCAACCAAGCCGUGGCCGCACGCGCUGAGCUCUUCAUUGGUGGCCGAGAGCUAGCCAACAUGUACGAAGAAGAAAACGACCCCUUUGAGCAGCGCCGCAAGUUCGUCGAGCAGGCCCGUGCGAAACGUGAUGCUAUCGCCGCUUCCUCGAGGCUAGAUCCCUUGACAGAGGAGGAACAGAGUAACGAUGAACAGGGCAAAGUCGAAGAGUCGUCGCAGACAAGGGAAGACGACCUCGAAAUCGACGAAGACUACGUGCACGCGCUGGCCAGUGGCCUGCCCCCCACAGGCGGCUGGGGCUGUGGCAUCGAGCGGCUGGUAAUGCUAUUCGCCGGCACGCAGCGGAUCGCGGACUGUCUGAGUUUUGGGACGCUGAAGAAUGUGGUUGGGAUGUCGUCGGCGCCGGGCGGUAGUAGUGGUGAAGGAGAAUAA